ACUUCCCCAGGGCCAGGACGACGGACGGCCAGAUCUCCUCUCUCCCGGCCAUCUCACCCGCUCCACCACAUCCCACCUCGCACAUCACGCUGCCUCACACGAGUCCUCAGGACCUCAGGAAGCUGGCCUUCUUAUCGCGCGCUGAUGGCUCUUGCUAAUUUAUUUUCCAGGGUUAACGUUACAACCAGAACGUAAAUAAUAAAGACAACUCGCCUUGUGUCACAUACUGCUGAAUGUGAAACCCGCAGCCCCUCAGCCUCCUCUACUACCUACCACCACCCCCGUGUUUCCUGUUCGUCAGCGGAAUAUCCCACAAACUUCUAGAUCCCGUCGUCGAGAUGAUUUAGUUAGUUUUCUCCAUUGAUAAGUCUACACGCCUCACGGAAUUAUCUUCUCAUUGGAUAUUAUUGCUUUACCAUGGCGUCGUCUUCCGCUCCGCUUUUGCAAGGAGAGGAUCUCGAUCCGGCGCCUGGGGGCUCACAAUCCCCUGCGCAUAUGGCCACCACAACUCUCAAAGUUGAUGGAAUGACUUGUGGCGCGUGUACUUCUGCUGUUGAGGCUGCCUUUAAAGGCGUCGAAGGCGCAGGAACUGUGUCUGUCAGCUUGAUCAUGGGUCGGGCAGUAGUACACCAUGAUCCGACCAUUCUCUCAGCGGAAAAGGUCGCGGAGAUGAUAGAGGAUCGGGGUUUUGACUGCUCAAUCUUGGCCACUGAUAUGCCACGAGAAAUACCUCAGGUAGAGGAAGAGUACGAUGGAGGGAAUGAUUUACUCGAAUCCACCCCUAGUACACCAUCCGUUUCGACUACAACGCUCAAAGUGGGAGGAAUGACUUGCGGGGCGUGUACAUCCGCAGUGGAAGGAGGAUUAGCUGAUAAACCUGGCGUCAUUUCCGUAACAGUGUCCUUACUAUCCGAACGCGCCGUUGUGGAACACGAUAUAUUUGUGAUAUCUCCUGAGCAGAUCGCUGAAAUCGUCGAAGACUGUGGAUUUGAUGCUGAAGUCCUGGAAACCGUUACCCGACAGCUAAACUCAUCUUCGUCACGAGGGAAGUCCGCGUCUAGAAAAAGAUCGAACCAUGUAACUACAACCAUGUCUAUUGAAGGCAUGACUUGUGGGGCAUGUACUUCUGCUGUCGAAAAUGCCCUCAAAGACCAACCUGGGCUGGUUCGCUUCAAUGUCAGCCUGCUAGCUGAACGUGCAGUUGCGGUUCAUGACCCUUCAGUCCUACAUGCUGCAGCAAUUGCCGAACUAAUCGAAAAUGCCGGUUUUGACGUGCGCAUCAUCUCUUCCCGGGAGGACGACUCAUUUCAAUCACACACAUCAGCAUCAUUAGCGCUAAAUAUCUUCGGCCUGGCUGGCUCAACGGCGGCUAUAGAUCUGGAGGAUGCGCUCAGAGCAGUCGACGGUGUUUUGGCCGCUGAUGUUAAGCCGUCUAAUUCUCGUGCUUUAAUCAGCUAUACCCCGUCCAAAGUGGGGAUACGACAAUUAGUUGAGCUUGUUGAACGGGCAGGAUACAACGCCCUCUUGGCAGAGUCCGACGAUAGCAAUGCUCAACUCGAAUCCCUCGCCAAAACAAAGGAAAUCCAUGAGUGGCGGAGGGCAUUUUGGUUCUCUUUUUCUUUUGCAGUUCCCGUGAUGGUGAUUAGUAUGCUUGUUCCGAUGUAUAUUCCGGCAAUCGAUAUCGGAAAAUUCGAGCUCAUUCCUGGCUUAUUUUCCGGAGAAAUCAUCUGCCUGCUUCUUACCAUUCCUGUUCAAUUUGGCAUUGGAAAGCGGUUUUAUAUUUCGUCAUUCAAAUCCCUCAAACACGGCGCCCCAACAAUGGAUGUUCUUGUCAUGCUUGGUACCUCUGCCGCAUUCUUUUUCAGUGUCCUUGCAAUGUUAGUCUCGAUAUUCUUCAAACCCCAUUCUCGGCCGAUGACCGUGUUUGAAACCAGCACUAUGCUUAUUACAUUUAUUACCCUCGGCCGGUGGCUGGAAAAUCGAGCAAAAGGCCAAACAUCUCGUGCGCUAUCUCGUUUGAUGUCCCUCGCUCCCUCUAUGGCAACUAUAUACGAUGAUCCCAUAGCAGCCGAAAAGCUUGCUGAGGGCUGGGGUUCUGUGACUGAAAAGGACAAGAACACUACUACUGCAGUUUCUACCAGCCAGAAGACGAUCCCUACGGAACUAAUCCAGGUUGGUGAUGUCGUCUGCCUCCGUCCCGGCGAUAAGGUUCCAGCGGAUGGGGUCGUUAUUCGAGGAGAGAGUUAUAUAGACGAGGGUAUGAUUACUGGUGAGGCUGUUCCCAUUCGUAAAAUCAAGUCUUCACAGGUCAUGGCUGGCACUGUCAAUGGCACUGGUUGGGUUGAUUUCCGGGUUACGAGAGCCGGUCGAGAUACCCAAUUGAGCCAGAUAGUCAAAUUGGUUCAAGAUGCACAGACCAGUCGUGCCCCUAUCCAGAGAAUGGCGGAUAUAGUGGCUGGCUACUUUGUUCCAGCCAUUAUCACUCUUGGGCUUAUUACCUUUUUUGGAUGGAUGAUUCUUAGUCACAUUCUUCCAAAUCCACCUAAAAUCUUCCUUGCCGAAAAUAGCGGUGGAACAUUCAUGGUCUGCUUGAAACUUUGCAUAUCGGUUGUUGUUUUCGCCUGUCCCUGUGCUCUUGGCCUUAGCACGCCCACAGCGGUUAUGGUAGGUACAGGAGUCGGUGCCGAACAUGGCAUAUUGGUCAAAGGCGGGGCAGCCCUGGAAGCAGCGACCAAAGUAACCCAUGUUGUGUUCGACAAAACAGGAACCUUAACGAUGGGCAAAAUGAGCGUGUCGGAGAUUAAAAUGGACUCAACAUGGUCCUCCAAUGACUGGCGGCGUCGCCAGUGGUGGUUGAUCGUUGGGCUUGCUGAGCUGACCAGUGAACACCCCAUUGGCAAAGCCAUUCUUGCAAAGGCCAGGGCAGAAGUUGGGGCAACUGAUGACAGUCCACUCGAUGGCAGCGUGGCCGAUUUUGAAGCCUCAGUUGGUAAGGGGGUUUCUGCCAUUGUUGAACCCACUUCAAGUGCUAGUAGCGUUCGACAUCGCGUUCUCGUGGGCAACGCACCAUUCCUUCGUUCUAGGGAUGUUCAUGUACCACAAUCAGCUGAACCCGAACCCGAAACUUCUAAAAUUACUGCCUCAAUAUCCACUCGGCCCAUUAAAAAUAGCGAGCACGCUGCAGGGUCCACUCUAAUCCACGUUGCCAUCGACGGUAAAUACGCUGGCACAAUCACUCUUCAAGAUACUUUGAAACCAACGGCAGCAGCUGCCGUCGCUGCUCUCCACCGAAUGGGCCUCACCACCUCCCUUAUCACGGGCGAUUCCCUCUCCACCGCCCUGGCCGUUGCAUCAGCCGUUGGUAUUCCCGCCUCUUCAGUCCAUGCCUCUGUCGUUCCCUCCGAAAAACAAUCCAUCGUCGCUUCUCUCCAAGAAAGUCCCUCGACCAUAGUUGCCAUGGUGGGAGACGGCAUCAACGACUCCCCCGCUCUGGCUACUGCAUCUGUCGGCAUCGCCCUCUCAUCCGGCACAGACGUUGCCAUGGAAGCAGCCGACAUUGUCCUCAUGCGGUCCGACGAUCUCCUCUCCAUCCCUGCAAGCCUGUGUCUGGCCCGCUCAAUCUUCCGCCGCAUUAAACUCAACCUCCUCUGGGCCUGCAUGUAUAACGCUGUCGGCAUACCUUUUGCCAUGGGCCUCUUCCUCCCAUUUGGCGGAAUAUCAUUACAUCCCAUGGCUGCAGGCGCCGCAAUGGCCGCAUCAAGCGUCAGUGUCGUUGUUAGCAGUCUGCUCUUGAAACUCUGGAAACGGCCCAGUUGGCUCGAUGUUCAGAAGCUGGAGCGUGAGGCUGAGCUAGGUCUAAUUGAUAGUAGCGGCCUGGGCCGUGGUGGGCGGGGAUCGUGGUGGAAAAAGAGUCCGUUUACAUACGACGGGAGAGGUCGGGUUCGACGCACCUUCGCGUGGCUAGUGACACUUGGUUCCGAUGCUGUGAAUAACGUUGCUAGGAAGCGGAGAAAUUCUACUGACGAUGAGGGCUAUGUUCCUUUGAGGACUGUAGAGCCUGUCUCUGUAUAGUGCGUUUUUCCUUUGUUUUUCCUUUCUGUUUUGGCUCGGUUUGUCCUUUUUUUAGCCGGAAGUUUCGGCGUGCGUGUCUCUUUACCCCUUCUUCUAUGAUUCUGGGUAUUUUCUCAGCUGUUCGGCUGUAUUUUCUAUCUUACAUCGCCCCCAGAUUUUUCUUUUUCCUGAUCGUGUAAAAAACCCUUUUCCUCAAAAACAUUGAGAACCCUUUGCUAUCCUCUCUUAUUGUUAUAUAUGUAUACGUUUGGGUAGUUGCUAUUAUUAUUCCGCUUAUUUUUCUUCCCUUUCUUCCCGUACAUAUAUAUCCAGACACAAAUACCCUUCUCGCUUUCUACACUCUAUCUAGCUUGAUCCAUUUUCCAUUAUUUCCUUUCCUUUCCUUUCCUUUUUAUAUUCUUUUAUAUUCUUUUAUUCUUAUUUCUCUCUCUCUCUCUCUCUCUCUCUCUCUUUUUCUUUUUCUUUCCUUUUUUUUUUUUUUUUCCACAUCGACAUUUCUGCAUUUGUUGCCAAAAUAACGCAAGACAUGUAAAGCAUUAUUUUUCAUUUUUCCAUAGCUUCCAAUAUAACUGUCUCAUUUUUCAUUUUUCCGCAUUCCCCCCACCCAAUUAGGCAAGAUUUUCAUAAGGUUAUGCUAUGCGUAGAUAAUCUUGCAAACAUAACAAUCCCCUUAUUGAAGGUCUGAUAUUCGCUAGUUGAUAAACUCUCAAAGUAUUUAGCUAGAGAGCCAAGUAACGUAGUGGUUUGUAU